GUUCGUCUAGUAGCGAUGUUUCCUAUCGACAGAAAAUAUAUCUAGAAAAUAUAUCAAUUCAUAAAAAUUUACUAGAAUUUAAGAGUACUUUUUGGAUGCAAUGUUAGACAAGUGCGUGUUGUGUGUAUGAGAGUGAGUGGCAUUGAGUGCGCAAUAUAAAUGGAAUUGCAUGGACGCUGCGAACGACUGAAGAGAUCGAGUAAAAGCCCACCAACAAAUUGCACUUUGCGACAACGGCGAACGCUGGUGGAGGCGGAGGAGGCGACGGCAACGACAACGGCAACGGCGACGGCAACGGCAAAGCAAACGGAUCUUCACAAGUAGAAGCAGCAGCAGCUACGGCUUCCCGUGGAGCCGCACAAACUAGAGCAAUGUGCGAAGUUUGCGCCGAUUUCCAAAAUCUAUUGGAACUCUAUGAGGUUCGCGUGGCCAGUUCGGAACUUAAGUUUCAGCUGCUCCUAAAGAGCGAAAUCGAGACAACAUUUAAUUACAUUCAAUCGUGGCCGCAGCGGCAAUGCAUGUGCUUGUACCGGGAUAACAAAAAUUAUGACCGAUUUAACCUAGUUGUUCAGUCGCUCAUCUGUCUGACCGUGCAGCACUUGAAGCAUAUUGAUCAUCUGAUCGAUAGCUACAAGCGGCUCACCGCCAGCGCUGCCCAAGUUGUUGCCCAAGCACAGCGAAAGCCCUCAUCCGAUAAGCAUCCACAGAACAAUGAAAAUGAUACAGAAAGCGAGAACAAGCAAAAGGAACUGACGUCUUCAUCGUCAUGUUCACCACCGUCGGCUGGCGACGAAAAUAGGUCAACUCCUGCAGAGGCUGGCGGCAAUGAGGAGAAACGUGCAUCUGGCGAUGGCCCAGGUCCGCCCAAGAAACCGCCAUCUCCACCACCGCCAGCCCCACCAACCAGCAGCAAGGCUCACCCACAAUACACAGAAGAGCCGUGGAUACUGCCCGAGGUGGAGAAACUGCUGGUGCUCGUAUCCAAGGUAUUUCUGCUCAACUUUCCGCUGUACAUUGCCCACAAGCAUGGCAUGCACUCGCGCCUGGACGAUCUACAAGCGGAGGAAGCGCACCACUUGGCUCUAAUCUGUGAUCUGCACGACAAUGAUCUUCCCAUAUACUUGCUGCGCAACGUGAGCCUGUUCUGCAAUUCAGGCGGCUUUGGUGCGAUGUCGCUGUGCUUCGAGCACCCAGAUUUGCCGGUAUCUACGGCUCACUCCAUGACUGCCACAGUGUCCAAUGUGAAACUGUGGCUCAACUAUCAUUGCAACACGCAGCUGUUCGUCCCGCUGCGCAGCCGCAUUCUACAAUAUAUGUGUAAGCUCUCCGACCAGAAUCUGCGCUCGGCCGCAACUCGAGCCAUGGCUGACUUCGUCUGGUCAUCUAUGCGGGAUCCUCUUGACGUUGCCGUCAACUUCGAUACUGAAGGACUAGCGCUGGCCUUCAAGUACUUCACAUCGACCACAUUGACGAUGCGUCUGGCGGGUAUGGCUCAGAUAAACGCGCACAUCAAUCUGUUCAACGAGAUCUGCACCACUGAGACUGUCAACGAGGUGGAGCUCUUUGGGCAGCGCAUCGCCAAUUGGUUAACAGAGAAUCAAAUUGUGCAGCAUUUGUUUGGCCCGAACUUACACGUUGAGAUUGUAAAGCAAGCCCAUGUACUUCUGAACUUCCUCGCCGUGGAGAACCAAAUCUCUGAGGAGGACAUCAAACUCAUCUGGCAAGCGACACAGCUGAAGCACUGCUCUAAAACCAUUUUCGAUAUUUUGCCGGCGCUGGUAAAGAAUCUGGCUCCACGCCCGGCCAUGCAUCUUUAUUCGCUGCUCUGCCGCAUGGACCCCAAGGAGCACACCGAGCAGAGCAUAUAUAUUGCGUCCGCUCUGACAAAGUUGAUUUGGACGCGGGACUGUACGCGCAAUCAAAUGAACUUAAUACAAGACCAUUUGCUGGGCUCCAAUGUGACAGCCUCCAGCUCAGACAGCGGCAGCAUUGAGGGCAGCAACACGGAGGACGAGCAUGUGGGCGCCGACGACAGCAGCAUCGCCAGUGGCGGCGUCGGUGGUGGGCACAAAAGUCCCGUCGAUGGGGUAACUCCCUGCAAGCAGGCCAGGCACAGGCGCCACAUCUGCGAUCCCACCACUGAGAAGGCCAAGCAGCUGAGCGGCGAUGACAUCGCCAAGAUGGACAUCAAAAACCAUCGCAUUGUCAACAUUAUCGACAACACCAGCAGCGAGGAGGAAAUGCAGUCGCGCGCUGCCUUGGAAUUGCAGCUGCACCGCAAGAAGACGAGCAACAAGCGCCGCCGUCCGAAGGCUGCCAACAAGCAGCAGAUUCUGCCGCAUGAGCUGGUGGAAAUUUGGGACGGCGUCGAGGAUGUGCCCAGCAGCGACGAUGGCGAUGCCGACGGCGACGGCGAGCUGCUCGCGGACAGCGAUGAGUGCAGCGACAGCGCCGGGCAUCAACUGGUGCCCGCUGCUGUGCUGAAGCAUUUGCACGGCGAAGGUCCCUAUAUACGAGCCAUUGCCGAGACAAACAUCAGCGAGUUGCUUAGCGGGGCAGAGAACGAUGGCAGCUACUCGUCGCCGAUGAGCAACAAAUCAGAGAAGAAUCUGGCUGACUUCGACGACGAGGACGUAUCGCCCUGCGAGGAGGAGCUGGCACAGCUCGUCAAUUCGCAUGGCGCACGCGUAGCUGCCCCGAACUGCAGAGAUGUGGCUCCGGCCUUUGCAGCGGCCGCAGCUGCACUGAUGGCCGCUCAAUCGGCCAUGGCCAUGCAAAAGUCCGGCGAAACGAAUGUAGCCGCCGCUGCAGCAGCUGUUGCGGCCGCUGCUGUUGCCACUGGCAAUGCACAACAGUCAUUGGUCGCGAUGCGCCAACAGGCGAAUGCCGCUGCCGCCGUUGCUGCUGCAGCCGCUGCCAAGAGCAAGUCCGACUCGGAUGUGGAUCUAAUUGAGGUUGCCAACAAGCAGCUGCACUCGCCGAAGCCUAGCAAUGCCGUCUCGGCCAACAAUCUGCCUUCUUUUAAGCUGAACGACGUCUGCCAGCCGGGCAACACGCUGCUCUGGGACCUGCUACAGGACGACAAAAUCGGACAACUUGGUGAAUCUUUAGCAUUAGAGGCUGAGAAGGCGCUGGCAACGCUGCUGUGCUUUAACGUGGAUCGUCAGAUUCGCACAAAAUUUAUUGAGGGCUGCCUGCAGAACGUGGCCAACAAUCGCAGUGUCAUUGUGAGCUUGCGCUUGCUGCCCAAGCUCUUUGCAUCAUUCCAGCAGUUUCGCCCAUCGGACACGCACACCAUGACCUUGUGGGCGGAGCGCAAUCAUCGCAUGAUGGCGUGCUUUUUCAAUAACAUUCGGCACUACGCCCGAAGGCAUGCCGAGCUGUUGAUCAACCAGAAUGGGGAGCAGCAACAGCAGCAGCUGGGCCUUCAGCUGUACUCGCACAAAACACAGGUGUCUGUGAGAUUGCAGUUUCUCUCGUCGAUCUUCUCCUCGGUGGGCUCGCCGAAGAGCUUCCGCCUGACGCUGGAGCAGCUGGAUGCGCUGUGGGACUGGCUGGCGCAUGAUCCCGAGUGCUCGGACUGCUAUUUUUCGUGGCUUCAGGCUCAGACAAAGGGCGGCGACCAACAUGCCCUCGGCAUCGAUGCACUGCAUCAUUUAUACUUAAAGAAAUUGCCCGAACUGCGACCAGAAGAGUUCUCCAUGGUAGCACUGGGUCUUUUCCAGCAGCUGUGCAGCUUUGCGCGGAUCGCAAUGGCCGAGUACGAGAAGCACAGCGAUGCCAUCAGCGCCAACUCCAAUGCCGUGGGCAUGUACCACCUCUGGAAGAUUGCGUUGCGCGCCCAAAGCAACGAGGUCUCGCUGGCUGCGAUCCAGUACAUCAACAUGUACUACAUGGGCCAGCAGCUGCGCCUCGAGAAAGAAUUCGUAUCUCAGUGCAUGGACAAUCUGGUUCAGGCAGCUACAGCUCUAGAAUGCAUCGAGGAUGAGAACGCGCUAAUGCGCGUGCAGCGGGGAUUGCUGCUUCUCAACACCCAUCUGGACACGUUUAGGCGUCGCUAUGCCUUCCAUUUGCGCCGCUGGGCCAUCGAGGGCAAGGGAAUCGGAUCGCACAGCAAUCUGAAGAACGAGGGCGCGGGUCCACCCCUGCGGAUUGUUCUACAGCAGGCAGGUCUCUCAGAGAAGAGUGUGCUGCAUAUGCACGCGUGUGAUCUUAUCGCUGAUCUCAAGGCGGAGGUUUCAAAGUGGUGGGAGAGCCUGCAAUCGGGCAUGGCGGCGCCCGUGCUGGGCUUGCUCCUCAGCGACGGGCCACUCCGUAUAAUCACACAGGGUCAGGAGCUGACAUCGGACUACGAUGAGCGCUCGCUAGGCGACGCUGGUUUCAAGGACAAUCAGAUCGUUUAUGUGUCGCUGGGCGGACGUGGUGCUCGUCGCAAGGAGACGAAUGUGGAGCACCCAUCGAUGCUGCCGCCUCCGCCCAAGGAGUGCUUGCCGACAGUGCUGCUCCUGCAGCCCAAGUAUUUCGAGAAACUCUUUUGUCUAAUGCAAACGCUGGGCGACAUGAAACCACAAUCCUCAACGGCGCAUCUGCAACAUCACACAAAGGCGCAGCUGCUGUCGCGCCGGGUGUGGGACAUCUUGGCAAUGCUGCCCACCAAUCCGCAUAUACUGGAUGCGUUCAAGAACCUGGUCAACGAUCUCAAUGAGCUGCAGCAACUGGAGGAUCAGGAGCAGCUGGCCAAUAAGCGCAAGGAGAUUAAGCAAAAGUUUAACGAGCUGCUUGACCCGAGCAACCUGCAAAAGUUCAUGUAUUCCUUGCACAUCGUCGAGAGCCUAGCAUUGAGCAGUGGACCACGUCAGGCCACUGCCUCCAGUGCUCCCAGUGCUUCUGCAGGCACUGGAUCCAACGGCAACCUGCUUCUAAGUGAGCAGCCUCGUCCCAAAAAGAGCGCGAACCGUCGCCACAACAGCAUCGAGCAGGCCGGCGAACCCAAACGUAGUAGCAGCAGCAGCGACUGCAGCAAGGAACUGGCUGCGGGGGAAAUGGAGACGUCGCUAAUAUCGAAUCCACGAUCGGGCAGCGAUGUGGACAUUAGCGAGCUGGCAAGCGGCGGCGACAAGGAAAACCAACCGAAGCAGCACUGCAAGCGACAGAAGAAGAUCGACAACCAGGAAGUGGAGCGUCCAUUGGGCUGUGCCACGCCGCCGCCGCCUUCGCCAACAUCCACUUUGCCGGUGGCAGCAGCAGCUCCAGUGCGCAAUGCGGCGCCGGCAGAGAGCAGCAAGUGGAGCGAGGCGUUCAUCAAGUGCGGCGGAUUGCAGCAUCUGUACGAGAUCUUCAUCGGGGGUCAGCUGCAGCAGAGCGCGCAUGCCAAGGAGCUGGCGCUGAACGAGUGGCGUCACGAUUGCCUGGCCAGCCUGUUGCGCAUCCUGUGGCUGCUGGGCUUCGAGGAGCUGCAGACGCAGGAUGUGCAUGUGCUGAUGUCGCGACCACAUGCCUUCAUGCUGCAGCUGAUGGAGGUACCGCAGUGCCUACAGCGCCUCUCGAGCAUACUCAACGACGAAGUCCACCAGCAGCAGUCUGCGGGAGCCACUUCGCUGCUGUUCCCCUACCAGUUCCAUCAGCUGCGCACCGGCUUCUGGGGCCGAGCACAGCUGGUGCAGUUCACCAUGAACAUUCUCGUGAGUUUUGUGCACGCCUCAGCCGAGGCACGGCGUCUGCUCUGGUCUCAGCCGGACCAGUGCAAUUGGCUGCAGAAGUUCAUACUGGAGGAUCCGGAGCCAGCGGUGCGGCGCGAGAUCUGCGCUGGUCUCUAUCGAAUCUGUUUGGGCAACGCCCAGAGCUAUCGAUUGCUGCUAGCUCCUCUGCUCCACAAACUCAUCGCACUGCUGCCGCGUGCCGAGCAGAUGAGCUCGUCUGUGCAGCAUACCCAGUUCUUGCUCUCGGAGGAGGGCAAGGAGCCGUAUGGACCGGCUUGUCGAGACUACUUUUGGCUACUCGCACGACUUGUAGACACGCUAACCCCCGAGAUGGUGGCCGAGGAGCGCAUUGACAUUGAGCAGCUUUGCGAGAGCAUCUCGGAGAGUAUCCUGAACCGCGACUACCACGAACUGCGCCAUGGCUACCAGGAUGACGGCUUGGUGGGCCUGCUCAACCUGAUGUCCAAUCUGAUCAAGUACGACACCAGCUACAAGUACAGGCCCAAGGCCUUGAGCUUCAUUGAGCAGCUGAUCGAAUUCCUGUUCGAAAUGCCGUCGCCCGCCAAUCGCCAGAAGCCGAAGUGCAAAUCGGCCACCUCGCGUGCCGCUGCGUACGAUCUGCUCGUGGAGCUGUGCCGCGGCUGUGCCACCAACUACAGCUACCUGCAUGGCCGACUGCUGGCGCAGCACAGGUCGGGUCCGAAGCAACCGUAUCCCUGGGACUAUUGGCCCCGUGACGAGGGCCGCGCCGAGUGCGGCUAUGUGGGCCUCACUAACUUGGGAGCCACCUGCUACAUGGCCUCCUGCAUCCAGCAUCUGUACAUGAUGCCACAGGCGCGCGCGGCCAUUUUACGUCUGCCACCGGGUGGUGCCCAAAAACAUGGACCCACUUUGAUGGAGCUGCAGCGCAUGUUCGCGUAUCUGCUGGAGUCGGAGCGCAAGGCGUAUAAUCCGCGCAGCUUCUGCCGAGUGUAUCAGAUGGAUCAUCAGCCCCUGAAUACGGGCGAGCAGAAGGAUAUGGCGGAGUUCUUCAUUGAUCUGGUCUCUAAGCUCGAGGAGAUGACUCCAGACCUGAAGCACUUGGUGAAGCGUCUGUUCUGCGGCACUCUGAGCAACAAUGUCGUCUCGCUGGACUGCGGUCACGUUUCGCGCACUGCUGAGGAGUUCUACACGGUUCGCUGCCAAGUGGCGGACAUGCGAAACUUGCAGGAGUCGUUGGACGAGGUGACUGUCAAGGAUACGCUCGAGGGUGACAAUAUGUACACCUGUUCACAGUGUGGCAAGAAGGUGCGCGCCGAGAAGCGCGCCUGCUUCAAGAAGCUGCCGCAGAUCCUGUGCUUCAAUACCAUGCGAUACACCUUCAACAUGGUGACCAUGCUGAAGGAGAAGGUCAACACGCACUUUUCGUUCCCCUUGCGCCUCAACAUGUGCCACUACGUGGAGAAGACGCUGAUGCCGCAGCAGUACAAGGAGGACCGUGAAAAGCGCAUUCGCGAGCGUCAGGAGAACGACAACGACGAGGGGGCAGAGAAUGAAAAGGCUGAAGCCACAUUGGACGCAGACAUCGAGGAGUGCUAUGAGUACGAAUUGGUUGGCGUUACGGUUCACACAGGCACAGCGGACGGUGGGCAUUACUAUAGCUUUAUUAAAGAGCGCACGAAAAGCAAUUAUCAUCCGCACGAGCGUUGGUUCCUGUUCAAUGACGCCGAAGUGAAGCCUUUCGAUCCGUCGCAAAUAGCGGCUGAGUGCUUUGGUGGCGAAAUGACUAGCAAGACCUACGAUUCGGUAACCGAAAAGUAUUUGGACUUCAGCUUUGAGAAGACCAACUCAGCUUACAUGCUGUUCUAUGAACGUCGAUUGCCAGAGCAUCUCCAGCGUCGGCACUCUGAGUUGUUGGCAACGCCGACGCCAAGUCCUCUUAAUGAGGAUAAACCAGAAACGGAGGAGCAGCCCAAAGUUGAAACGGACAAUAACAUCAAGAAGGAACCCGCUGCAGCAGAGGAAUCGGAGCCAGUUCAGGCAGAGGCCGAGAAAUCGGCUACGCUAAGCACAGAGACUGAGAAGUUAGAAGAGAAGGAGCAAACUGAAAAGCCAGACCCGACUCAAGUAAACGAAGACAAGGAAAUGGAGAAAGUAACAGCCAAUUGUGAUAAUAUUAAGUCGAAUAAUAACAAUGAGCCGCAGGCGUCAACCUCAAAGGCGGUCGUCGUCGCGGAAGCCAAAGCAUCUACUAAACAACCACAGUUUCGUCCUUUGUUAAGCAAGGAACUAGAAGAUUGGAUUUGGCAAGACAACAGACAGUUCUUGCAAGAUCGAAAUAUCUUCGAGCACACAUACUUUAACUUCAUGUGGCAAAUUUGCGGCCACAUACCACAGACGUUAAUCUCGGAGACGGACGUCACCUGCAUGGCCGCCAAGUUGUCGGUAUCAUUUUUCAUCGAAACAUUCAUACAUGCCAAGGAGAAGCCUACAAUGGUUCCUUGGGUAGAGCUGCUAACAAAGCAAUUCAAUGCCAGUGAAGAGGCUUGCGAAUGGUUCCUAUCGCACAUGUCAGUCGAGCCCUUUUGGCCCGUACAAGUUCUAAUUCAAUGCCCCAAUCAAAUGGUUCGCCAAAUGUUUCAGCGUUUGGUCGUUCACGUCAUACAGCGGCUGCGCGCUUCACAUGCUGAUCUCUACUUGGGCGUGGAUACCGAUGAGAACGACCGGGAGCUCAUUGGACAGGCAUCAUGUGUGACGCGGUUCAUAAGCUCGCUCAUCUCCCUGCUGGAGCAUGGAGCACGCUCUCAUCUGCGCCAUCUGUCCGAGUACUUCAGCCUGCUGUGCGAAUUCUCGCGCAUGGGGGACGAAGAAGCGAUGUUUCUGUUGCGCAUCGGAGUACUUAAGAGCCUGGUCGACUUCUACCUGGGCCACAAGCAAACAGAUAGUAUUGACAUCAGCUCAGAUAAUGAGGACAACUCUUCGGAUGAGGCACUCUCAGUGGAGAAGAUGCGUCCAGCGUCGCUCGAUAAAAUGAUUGCACUCUGUGCUAGUCUUGUGGAGCGCUCGCGGGGCGCUGAUUUUCGAUUGCGUCUGUCGCCGAAAGACUUCAACGCCAUUGCCGGUGGAAAGGGAUUUCCAUUUUUGUAUCAACAAAUAAAGGACGGCAUUAAUCCGCAUCAGACAAAGCAUUUAAUCCACGCGCUCUGUCGCUGGGACGAUCGUUUGGCUACACAAAUCAUCAGCAUGCUCUUCGCAUCCGUUACCAAGCACACUGAGCUCUGUGCCCCGUUCUUCAAGCUGCUCACUCUGCUCACCGAGACGCAGGGCGGGCCGGUCGGGCUGCCGUGCUUUACGCAGCUCGUGCUGCCGCGCAUGUGGGAUGCUGCCGAGUACUGUCCUCAGUCGGUGCUCGACUGGCUUUCGCUGCAGGCGACUAAGAAUAAAAUUGCUCACGCCUGGAUCCUGCAGUCCGCCGAGCAAUGGUUGGAGCAGUUCUUGCUCGCCCACGACAAUACGCGCGUCAGAAAUGCCGCUGCCUGUCUGCUAGUUGCGCUGGUGCCGUCGCAACCGUUUCGCGCCAACUUCCGCGCUCACUCACAGCACAAGCUGUUGGCUCUCAACCCGCACAGCUACCGGGACAUCAACAGCGAUGCCCAAGCGGUGCUGCACCAGGUGAUAACAUUGCUGCUGCGUCUGCUGCGUCCGGCGCGUGUUUAUGCAGACAUAGGUGCACACGGUACCACCAAGCUGACCGCCUAUUUCAACCUGCUCAGCUACUGUAUGGUUUCAAAGACUGAAAAACUAAUGAUAGGUUCGUUUAUGCGGUCCCUGUGGGAGCUGUUUCAUCCGCGUCUCUCUGAGCCCAGUGUGCCGGCGCACCACAACAAGCACGCGCUGCUCACCUUCUGGCAUCACUCGCUCGUCGAUUGCCCGGAAAACGCAGCGCUAGUGGCCAACUGCCCUGAGAUAACGCGAAACAUUGCAUUUAACUACAUACUGGCCGAUCACGAUGACUCGGAGAUCGUCACUUAUAAUCGGUCCAUGCUGCCCGCUUACUACGGGCUGCUGCGCUUGUGCUGCGAGCAGAGCCGCGCACUCACCCGGCAACUGGCACAGCAUCAGAAUCUUCAGUGGGCUUUUAAGAACAUUACGCCCCAUCCCACUCAGUAUGCAGCCGCUGUCGAUGAGCUGUUCAAGCUGAUGGCACUAUUUGCCACUCGUCAUCCGGAUGCUAGUGAGCAGGAAAAGCUUGAUGUCAUUGCCUUCAGGCGCUCUGUCAUUGUAUCGUACACCACCAGCCUGGAUGCACGAGUGUCCUGGUCAACGUUGAUCAGCGCGCUCAAAAUACUUGUGGACAAUGACGAUGAUCGCAUGCUGGUCAUCUUCAAUGGCGGCAUCGAGAUGUGCUUUGAGGCGCUGCACACGUUACAUUCCAUGCACCACGAGGCCACCGCCUGCCAUGUGGCAGGGGAUCUCUUGGAUCUACUUGGAGAAAUGGUGCUCCUGCUGGCGACGCUGCGCAUGCGCACAGAUAAUCCAGCGCAAAAGAAGCAGCAGCAGCAGCAACUGGAGCAGCAGCUGCAACUGCAGCAGCAACAAUUGCUGCAGAAGCAGCAGCAAUCGCAGUGCACCCAAGCGCCGCAGACACCGCAGCAGAAGGAGAAGCAGCUGCAACAGCAAAUGCAACAGCAUCUGCAAUUGCAGCAAAUGCAGCUGCAGCAGCAACACUUUCUGCGCCAACAGCAUCAGCAUUCGGCACUCGCAAAGGCUCUGCCCGAUGCAAUCAAACGGCUCGCCACGCUCCUCAACACAUUUAAUUCGCCGGAAAUAAGUCGCAUGGCGCUCGAGGUGCUCAAGGAGCUGGUGCGCAACACCAGCCUGGAGGCCACCACUAUUCUGGCGCCCAUUUUGAUUAACUGCCAUUUAUCAGUGGCCAAUGCACCCAAUGCAAUCGGCCCAUUAGGACCAUAUUUUCCACGUCGCGGUGCUAAGCAGACGCCCUGGCCUUUAGGUGCUAAGAACUCGCCUCGUCCGCCGAGGCCAAUGGUGCAAAUGUGCAUUGCUCUGUCGGAGUUGACGCCGCGCGGACUCGACAUCGAGUAUGAUGCUCAAGUAGAUGCCUUCUACAGGCCAUAUCACGACUUCAUCGAUGUCAUGAUGCGAAUGUGCGUCAACACGGGCACCCUCAACGACACGCUGGUCAAACUUCACUGCCUGGUUGCCAUCGAGUCCACACCGUUGCAUUUCAACUACUUUCCCAAGUUUUGGGUGGGCAUACACAACAAUGCCUUGACAAACAAAUAUUCAGAUUUGCUUGUGAGGAAUCCUCUGCUGAUAGAGUAUCUGCAUAAUGUGCUAAGGGACGAGCGGAGCAUGCUGAAAGAUGCGUUUGUGCGGGAGUUCCUGGAGCUAUACUAUCACAAAGUAGCCGCGCAGCUUCCUGUUGCACGCAUGAUCUACACGAUUAACUAUGGCAUGCACUCCAAGGACGACAUCGACGAGCUGUGCGGCGAUCUGUUUGCGAUACGAAUUAUUGCCCAAGCCACUGGUGUGCCGACAUCCGUGCGCAAGGAGCUGCGUGGCUCACUGAGAGCACUGCUUAAUAAGAGCGAGCGCUAUAAGAAGGAAGCGGAGAGAGAUCAAUUUCCCAACAAGAAACAGAAGCGGGAAUCUUCAAAAGAAAAAGAAGAUCCUCAUUCAACUGGGCCAUCGGAGGCAGACAAAGCAGACAAUUCGACGGAAAGCACAGAGAAAGCCGCACCAGUUGACAAUGCUAGUGCGGCUGAGGUGUCGACGGAUGCGCCCAGUGAAACGGUUAGCUCAACCGAUACUGUUAUUAAUGUUGCAGAGGCUGUCGUAGAGCCAGCGAAGGUCGCUGACGCGGGAGACGAGCGGAUGGGGAGCCCAGCAUCGGAGCACCAAGAAAAGGCAUCGGUGCCGUCAUCAGAAGAUGAAACUGAGCUGGAAGAUGAAUUGGAGCCGACACCCAAGCUUAAUAAGAAAUCAGCUAAUAAGAAAACUGCACAGGAUCGUCUGAACGAGGAUCGCAAAAAGCGUCUGAGCACCCUGCUCACAAUGGAGUCCUACAUACACAGCAUUUUCGCGAUCAUCAAACGGGAAACGAAUGCGUCGAAUACUGUGCAAGGCAAGGAGCAUGAGGAAUUCACAGUAGAGCCAUCAACAUCGGCUGCUGCGGGAAUCUUGCUAAAGCCAAAGGGUGCUUCAACACCCCCCGAAAUCGAGGACAAUGUGACGCAAGGUAAAUACAAUAUUGAAAUGGACACAGAAAGUCCAGUCAAAUCCAAGUCAAAUGACACGGUUCAGGAGAUGGACAAACUCGAUGAAUCAUCGCCUGCAAUUAAAUCAAUGGCGAACACAGUGAACACUGUUGUUCCCACGGCUGUCGCCGCCCCAGCGACAGUUGUUGCAACCACAUCACAGGCAGCGAGUCCCAGCCAAAUUUAGUUGUCGUUCAAUGAUUUGCUCAGCAUUUUAUUUUUCGGCAAGCCGCUGGACUGAUGGUACGCCAGCCGCGGAUCAGGUGAUGGAUAAGCUCUAGAGAACUACAAGUUUUUGGCCAAAGUUCAAAGGCUGCAAGAAAACAUUUGAACAACCCAAGGUUGGUGCUGCUUGCUUUCGGCGGGCCUGUGCUCGGGCAAAAGACUUUUGAGCAAAUGAAUAAAUAAUACUAAAUUAACGUUAAUCUAGCAACAUAUUAAAUCGGUAAUAAAAAAUUCUAAUAGAAAUGUAACUCACGCGGAGACAAACAUCCGCAAUUCGCACUCCGAACUCCGCACCCUGCACUUCACUCCCACGCCCACUCAUCAUAUACAUUCAUGCAUUGACACACAUACAUAUAUAAAUAUAUACAUCCCUAAAUACAUGCAAACAUACAUAAAUACAAACACUUAGCUGUAAUGAUAAUGACGUUACUAUUUUAAGACUUCCACGACCGUAAACUGUCCAGAAUAUUA